AUGUCCUCAUCACCAAACGAGUCAAAGGAUCUGUGUGACUACCUCGGAAUAGAGGAAGAGGUGGACUAUGGUAGCGAUACCAGUGUCCGCGGUGAUAAAGGGACAAUGUCCGGCUCACUGAUGCCUGAUGCACAACUUUCGAACACCCCAAAUCCGAUCACUGAACGUGGAGGUGCGAGCGCGCCACCAGCGCAGUAUGCAGCGUCUGGGUCUGAUGAGACUAUCAUCACGAACCCGCUCAAUGAGCAACAACAACUGCUUGUUCAAGGAGAAGAAAACGCUCAGCGUCAUGUACAAAUGGCUACAACCCUUGAACGCCAGCGUGACUAUGUGUUCAUCCCACCCAGUGUGGAGGAACGUCUACGUCAAGCGGCCGGCCAAACAUUGGCAACGUGGGUCAUUGGCCAUGGGCCUAAGACUCCUGAGGAGGUUGUGAGCUGCCAGGCACUUCGCGAGAGGUACCUGGAGCCGCACCUAACGACUCAAAGUCAAUGCAAGGCACGCCUUGACAUGCAAGCGCGUGGUACACCGGUUCCACCGAUCAAGGCUAUACCCAUUCUCUUGUUCGCAGACGAAACAGUGAGCGAAGAAGACGAUGCCUUUGUUCACUGGGUGCACUAUGUGCGUCGCCUCAGCAACAUUUUUGCUCUAAGGGCUAGUGCCAGUGUGGCUGACGUGCGUCUCGAACGCAAGCUUCGGUAUGAUUAUGCCAAGCUUAAGGCCAGAGGCCAAUUGCGCAAGCGCACGCGCUAUGCUUCGGCUACUAAGGUAGCCGCGAGUGCUGGUCAGUCUGUGGCCAACAACCCGCCAACCCGCACCACUAGUGGCGGGGAACGGCCUCGGCCUCGAGACGACCAUGGCCACGAUGCUCAAAAGCCUCCAAAGCAUAUGGGCAGUUUUGCCGAAGGGGUACCUCAAACCCCAUGA